UUAUGACAUAGUGCAUGGCCGCCAUUUUGGAAUCCAAAAUAGUCAUCAUUUUCUAAAUCUGCGCCCCCUAAAACCUAUAAAACGACAUCCAUGACGACUUUUAUGACAUAGUGCAUGGCCGCCAUCUUGGAAUCCAAAAUGGUCAUCAUUUUUGAAAUCUGCGCCUCCUAAAACCUAUAAAACGACACCCAUGACGACUUUUAUGGCAUAGUGCAUGGCCGCCAUUUUGGAUUCCAAAAUGGUCAUCAUUUUCAAAAUUGGGGCCCCCUAAAACGUAUAAAACGACAUCCAUGACGACUUUUAUGACACAGUGCAUGGCCGCCAUUUUGGAUUCCAAAAUGGUCAUCAUUUUCGAAAUCGGCACUCCCUAAAACCUAUAAAUCGACACCCAUCUCGACUUUUAUGACAAAGUGUUUGGCUACUAUUAUUUUUACGUACAAAAAUGGCCCCCUGUCAACUUCCAACCAAGAUUUAAUCGAUAAUUUAUUCGAUUAAUAUUCAGAUUAAUUCAAUUUCAAUCUAUGUUAGGUCGACUAAACUAAUCGCGAUUAAAAUUUGAGGAUUAACUUUUUUUAUUCGAUUAAUUAGUCGAAUAAACAGUCAAUCUAUUAAGUCCCAUCUCUGACCACGGCAUUUUUACACUUUGAGAAUAUCUGAAAACAAAUGAACACAAGAAGCCAUUUUGCAAAUCCAGUAACUUUGUUAUUACUUUUGACAGCGCGUGUCAUGUGUCUACACAGAGUCGACACAAAGUCGAAACAUUUGCGACUACUUUGUGACUGCAAUAUUUCUCAGCCUUAAACCAUAUUUAUACAUCAUAAUUAACAAGUUUCGUAGUAUGUAAAGCGUUAUUUCUGUUAUUUAAGUAUAGUAUACGCAUCGAAGUACUAAAAAUGCAUCAAAUAAUAUAGUUAUGAACACAGGCACUGAGAAGUAAACAAUUUCAUUUCCGGCUAAACUAAAACAAUGUGGUGGCGCGUUGAUUAUAUUACACUUAGUUUAUCAAAUCACUCGAGCAGUUUAAUUCCCCAUAAUAAUUUAAGUCCUAUUGUAAUUUAAUGCAAACAAUAUAUAAUUACGUCUUGUAAUCCGUUUUAGAGAUGGCGUAUUAAUGUCACUUAUUUUUAUUUAAGUAUUUUUCCAUCUGACAGUUUCCAUUUGACAGGAACGAAAUGAACGAAUGAAAGAAUGAUUUUGGCAUAAAGUAGUCGCAAACCCGAAACAAUGUGUGCACACGGCGACCACACUUUAUGUCACUUUGUGUCAUGUGUCGACCCUUCCCCAUUUCUGGUAACUGUGUCGACACGGCGACGACUCUGCGACUGGAAUUGUGACCGAAACAGACGGUGUCGACACAAGAUGUGUCUACACCGCGUCGUAACGGCGACUGGAAAUGGUUGUAUGGGUGUGAGGGUGUAUUUCACAAAAAAUGUGCCGCAAAGCUGAAAGGCUUUAGUGAGACGGAGCUGUGUGAGGACUGCCAAACACCUGUUAAGCCUCAAUCGAGUAUAUUAAACACUGAUUCUUCUAAAACCUCGAUGGAAAAAGUGUUGAGAGAGGUCAACGAAAAGCUGUCUGUCGUAUACAAAAUGGAAAAAACCCUCGAAGAGAUGUCAAACGAUAUAAGUUUUUAUGCCGCAAAAUAUCAAGAACUUACGGAGGAUAGGGACAAAGCGAACAACAGAAUAAAGACAUUAGAGCAUAGGAACAACCACCUGGAGACAUGCAAUCGGGCUCUGGAAGAACGGGUAACCUGGUUAGAAACUAAAGAGAAAGAGAAAAAUGUGGAGAUAGUUGGCCUGGAGGAGAAAGACGGCGUCAUGCUGGAAAACAUUAUACAGACGUUAGCCCGCAAGCUUGGAGUAGAUGACGGGCAGAUUCGCGAGAUACAGCGGGUAGGCGUAAAACCCGCCGCAGUUAAAUCAACUACCGCCAACAAGCAAAGCGAGGGUCGCUCGAGCAAGCCGCGCCCGCGGCCCGUUGUUAUCACCAUGGCAACGCGGGCGGCUCGCGACCUGUGGCUGGCCGCUAGAAAAACAACCAAGCUAUGCAAUGAUGACGUAUUUGAGAAUGGCAACAAAGACUUUAUAUACAUAAAUGAGGACUUAACUAAGUAUACACGUAACUUGUUGUGGACGGCAAAGAAUGAAUUAAAACCUACUUAUAAAUACGUAUGGGUGCAGGACGGCAAGGUACUGAUAAGGAAAGAUGACCCAGCUGACGCGAAGAUAAGAGUGGUCCGUUCCCUAAACGACAUAGAUUCAUUAUUAACUGAUGAGAAGUGAUGUAUAUAUGUACCUAUACAGAUAUAAAUAUCUAACGGUUCCGCUAAAACGUAACACUAUGUUAAAUAAGAUGUUAUCUAAUAUUAAAAUUCAAUGACGAAACUACUCAUAUUACGUCUAACAUAAGCUACAAAAAGUACGAGAACUUAGAAGCAUGGAACAAUGAAAUAAAUCUACAUAAACUAAGUUUACAUAUUAUUCACAUCAAUAUAAGGUCAUUAAGAAAAAACUUUAACGAGCUACAAAUAUUACUAAGUGGGUGUAUGGAGAAAAUAGAUGUUAUUGCUCUCACAGAGAUUAAUAUAAAAGAACAAGAACUGCCGAUGUAUAAACUGAAGGACUAUGAUACAUAUAUAACGACAAGAGAGACAUCUAGGGGAGGAGGUAUACUGGUAUAUGUAAGGAAGAGUAUUAGCUUCACGGCUUCUAUAAUUAAAUCUAACUACAGUGAAAUAAUAUACGGAGAACUUUCCCGGGAUAGAAAACAGAUGACCCACUUAUUCGUCGUAUAUAGACCGCCGAAAACAAGCAAACACGGAUUUGUGACAGAUAUACAUGAAGUGCUCUCAAAAAUACCUACUGGACACGAGUUAAUAAUGAUCGGCGAUACAAAUAUAGACCUUAUGAAUGAGGUCAGCUUAGGCAACGUCAUUAACCAGUACAGGGACAACAUGUGUGAGUUAGGAUUAGAAUGCGCCAUCAGCGACGUGACCCGCGAGGAGGUGUACGGCGGCCACGUGACGCGCACCUGCAUCGACCACGCAUGGGUGCGAACCCGCUGCGGGCGGCCGGUGUCCGCGUACGUCCUCACCACCAAGGUAUCUGACCAUUAUCCCAUCGGAGUGAGCAUCGAGGUUGUUGACCCCGCACAGAAUGGUAAGCGAGCACCUGUGACUAUUUUAUGUGAAAAAACAGUUAAAAAGCAACUUGACAGUGUUAAUUGGAAAGAACUGAUUUAUUGCGAUUGCCCACUACAAUUGUAUGAUAAGUUAUGCGCAGUUUUCUCUCGUGUUUACAAUGACUCUAAAAUACAAAAAAUGCUGCCUGGUAAACGAAAAGAUAAAACGUGGAUUAAUAAAAGUAUUAAAAAAAUGUUAGUAAUAAGAGAUAAGUUAUUUAAAAGGUGGAAAAGUAGUCCUAACGAUAUGAGCUUAAGAUUGAUGUAUAAUAGAUAUAGAAAUAGGGUCAACAAAUGUAUAAAUAAAGCAAAAAAUAAGUUUAGGCAGGAAGAAUUAAAACACUGUAAUAAUAAUCCUAGGAAAAUAUGGGAAAAAAUUAAUCUGUGGACGGGGACGCAAAAAUUGAGCGUAGAUAGAAUAAUACAAAAAUACUUAGCAAAACAUGACAGCAUCUUGAAUAUCUGUAAUAAAUUCUCGGAAACUUUCACUAAGGAAAUAUUAGACAUAAGGCAUAACUGUGAUUUCAAGUUCUUAGAUAGGUCAAAUUACACAAAUAAUAGUCAAGUAUCACUAAGGUUUGUCAGGGCGCAAUCUAAUGAUAUAAUAAAAAUUAUCAAUAAUUUAAGUGAA